UCUUCCCUUAUUGUCACUCGGCUCCUGCCUGAAAACAGGUGGCUUCCCUCCUGUCAGCAGGGGGGAUGUGGAGGAGAAAGCUGCAGAUCAGCAGGACUAGAGCCUCACGCAGGAACAGCACGGCUCCGGCUGAAAAAACAGAAGUACUAAGUGACGACCUAUUACAGGUGGAGAAACGUCUGGAGCUGGUCAAGCAGGUUUCCCACAGCACACACAAGAAGUUGACCGCCUGUCUGCAGGGCCAGCAGGGCGUGGACGUGGACAAGAAGUCUGUCAGGUCACCCUCGAAGAAGCUUCCUCUCACAACACUAGCACAAUGUAUGGUGGAUGGGGCGGCUGUGCUCGGGGACGAGUCUCUACUAGGGAAGAUGCUGAAGCUCUGCGGCGAUACGCAGGAGAGACUCGCUCAGGAGCUCAUCUUGUUCGAGCUCACCAUCGAGAGAGACGUCAUCGAGCCUCUCUACGACCUUGCAGAGGUGGAAAUCCCAAAUAUCCAGAAACAAAGGAAACAUUUAGCAAAACUGGUCCUGGACAUGGACUCUGCACGCACACGGUAUUAUCAGUCUACCAAGUCUUCAGGACUGUCCAGCAACCUGCAGCCAGCAGGAGCCAAGGCCGACCACCUCAGGGAAGAGAUGGAGGAGGCAGCCAACCGCAUGGAGAUCUGUCGAGAUCAGUUAUCAGCAGACAUGUACAGUUUUAUGGCCAAAGAAAUUGACUAUGCAAGCUACUUCCAGACACUGAUAGAAGUCCAGGCAGAGUACCACAGGAAGUCAUUAGAGCUGCUUCAAAGUGUUCUGCCCCAGAUCAAAGCUCAUCAGGAGACCUGGGUGGAGAAGCCGUGCUACGGGAAACCAUUAGAGGAGCACUUAGCGCUCAGCGGGAGAGAUAUUGCUUUUCCCAUCGAGGCCUGUGUCACCAUGCUGCUGGAGUGCGGCAUGCAGGAGGAGGGUUUGUUCAGAGUCGCUCCUUCGGCCUCCAAACUGAAGAAGCUGAAGGCGUCUUUGGACUGUGGGGUGUUAGAUGUUCAGGAGUACUCAGCAGACCCACACGCCAUCGCAGGUGCUUUGAAGUCCUACCUGCGGGAGCUCCCUGAGCCGUUAAUGACAUACGAACUCUACAAUGACUGGAUCCAGGCCUCCAACAUUCAAGAUCAAGACAAGAGACUGCAGGCUCUCCUCAACGCCUGUGAGAAACUACCGCCAGCCAACAACAACAACUUCAAGUAUUUGAUCAAAUUCCUCUCCAAACUGACUGAAUACCAGGAUGUGAACAAGAUGACGCCUGGAAACAUUGCUAUCGUUCUCGGGCCAAACCUGCUGUGGAUGCACAACGAAGGUAACAUCACAGAGAUGAUGACCACAGUUUCCCUGCAGAUCGUCGGCAUCAUCGAACCCAUCAUCCAGCACGCCGACUGGUUCUUCCCUGGAGAAAUCGAGUUCAACGUCACAGGGAACUACGGGAGCCCGGUCCACACCAACCACAAUGCCAACUACAGCUCCAUGCCGUCUCCGGACAUGGAUCAGAUCGAUCGUAGGCAGAACGACCAGAGUCGACGGCCGCUCAGCGUCGCCACAGACAACAUGAUGCUGGAGUUCUAUAAGAAGGACGGCAUGGGUGUCAGGGUGAUGGACACUUCUUGGGUGUCGCGCAGGGGCUCGUCUUCUACGCGUAAAAGCUCUUCCACGCCACCGAGCGUGCAUCCCCCUGCCCCGCCCACUGACGCUCUCAUCCCAGAGCAGCCUGGGGAAUUCUCUACCUCCCCCUCCCCCACCCCUCCUCCCACUAGCAGCGACCGAGCCAGCUCGGAUGAUGCAUCCUCCAAUUGGUCGGAUUCCUGUUUCGCCUACCCCUCCCCUGAGGAGGAGAGGCUGCCUCCCCCUUACCCCUCUUCCUCCUCUUCCUCCUCCUCCUCUUGCUCUUCCUACUCGCUCCCUCACCACCAUUUCUACACUCGAGCACCUCCGAGUAUGCGUCCUGUCGCUCCCAGUCCCGAAUCCGUGCCUCCCGGCCCGUCCCCUCCCCGCCUCUCUGGCUACAGCCCACCCCACUCCCCACUCCUUUGCCCGUCCCCUCAGCAGCUUGACGUCAACUCCAACCCCAAACCCAAUUCCUUGCACCUGCCCAAACAGGCCUCCCUGUCUGACGCUUCGCAUGCAGCCAUGUCCGAAACAAAUGGCUCCACCCUUUACAUCAAACCCCCGCUCGUUCUUACUCGUCACGAUCUGUUCCUGGGCUCCCCCAAACCCCCAACACCCCUAUCUGCUCCCCCUCCAUGGGCAGCCUGUGUCUGUAGCCGGGAGAGAGGAGCCAAGCUGACUAGUACUCUAAAGAACAAGGAGCUGUCUCCAGUGAUCGGACAGAAGGGAAUCCAGGGAACAAUGGCCUCUAGUGGACAGUCGCAGCACUCUGAGCACAGCCCACACACCCUGAGGAGAGCAAAGAAGCUGGCCCCGAUCCCACCUAAAGGCCCAUACUGCCAGACAGGAGCCAUGUCUGACCAGUCAACAGGUCAGCCGUCCCCAGUCAGCCUGUCGCCCACUCCUCCCAGCACCCCCUCCCCAUACGGCUUCAGCUACCCGCAGGGAUACGCCACCAUUGGCUCCCCGGGACAGAUCCAGAUGGCCACCACCCCGUCUCUCUCCUCUCCACCCUCGCUGGCUGGGACUCUCACUAAGGCCAGGCCGACCCCCAAGCCGCCCCGGCAGAGGCCCAGCUUACCUCCUCCUCAGCCCCCCACCACUCCCGGCAGCAGUCCCCAGCCUCUGGACCAUUCGACAGGUCUCCUGGAUGGUUUGUCUCCUGGGGAAAGCAUGUCCACAGAUUCUCUCUGCAACUUGGACAUCCCCAUCAUUGACAUGGAACUGGACGGUAUUUUUGACUUGCCCCACAUCUCCCCCUUCAGGAACUCAGUGGCGCUGCUCGAGUCGACCAACAACAGAGCGGAGUCGGAGGAGGAGGAGGAGUGUGAGAGCACAGUGCUAUGACGCCACUGAGUUCCCCCGCUGGCUGAUUUAAAUGAAACACAACGCUACUGCUGCACCGUCUCUCUCAAAACCCCCCACGCUCAUUCAGUGACCUUUCACCUCUCCAGCUGGAUUACUUCAGCCUCACUCUGGAUCUCAUCGCCUCACCUCACCUGUACUCGAUCCAGAGGGGUCGACUUGUAAAAUAAAAAAAAUUAACUUCUAGAAAAUAACAAAAAUACGGUGAACACACCUAAAAGAAAUCUCCAUACUCACCAAAAUCACAUGAGGGGUUUGCGACAAUGUUGUCAGGGGACUUUUAAUCAGACACACAAUUUGACAUUUUAUGUUGGCUGGAAUUUAAUUUAAUGUUUUCUGUUUCUUUUUGCCUUAUUUGAUUCACUUGCAAUAUUGCCUUUAACUUCACACACGAGACUGGAAACAGGCUGCCGGGAGGAAUGAGUGCUCUUCGCUGCUGCUGCUGCUUCUCAUGAGUGAAUGUUAGAAGGAAGAACAACACAGUACUGUACAUCUGUCCUGCCAACACUUCUUCUUUCUCUCACGGUUUAUCGCCCACCUCAAGUUCCUCCUUCAUUCCUCAGGGGUGUCAGUUGAAAUGCCUCGCUCUGGCAUGUGGUGGCAACAACCCCCGAAUUUCUGUACCACCUGAGCGUUCACUGUGAGUGUGCCAGUAUGUUGUUUUGGAAAGUGUGCGUGUGUGUGUGUGUGUGUGUGUGUGUGUGUUUGGUAAUUGUACUAUAUGAUGUUGCACUGUUGGUGUCGUGGAGCAUAAACAGGAAUGCAUGUUUUAGACAUUUAGGAAAAUAACUACCAGGUUUGCAAAGAGGUUAAAUGCCCAAUCACACUUUUCUCUGUAUUUACAUCGCAUUCAAUCAGGAUCAAUCACUGAAUAUUUAUUGUUUAUACUGUACAUUUUCAGAAUAUAUGAUACAAUUAACAAAUCAAAUCAUAUUUUGUAUCUACAGGAGAGCUAUAAAGUUACCAUUUCCUCCAGAUAGAAUAUAGUUGAUGUUGUCAGGGAGCUAUUAAAUAUAUGAGAUGCAUACUGUAGUUUAUGAAAGGUACAAAAUUGAAGGACUGGAAUGACUUUUGCAAAUGCAAAAGGUCUAGUAAGCUGGGGAAUGAAAAACUCCAUGUGAUUACACAUAAUUAUUUUGGCAGCAAGCAAAAGUCGCGUGGGAUUUUUCAUUUUACCGUGUCAAGUUAAGGAGUAAUUUCAGAUUCAAGAACAUGGAGCUGAAACCACUGGAGGCUACAAAGUGCGGGUUUGGUACCAUGGUGCCUGGAGUGUGCCACCACAACAUUUGCUUAAAUUAAUAAUUUAAUUAAGUCCAACCCACAGAGCAACAGCAGGAGCUCUGUUAGCAGCAGCAGUUAUGUAUUGGCAGGAGCGCGGCCAUGUAAACAAACAAAAGUUAUGUUUGCAUUCAGUGUUUCUCACCAAAACAUUGUGUGAAUCCUUGAGCUCUAACAAACGUGUUGAAUGCAUUGCCUUCCUCCAUAAAACAUUUUUAAAAAUAUUUUGAAUUGUGCAUUGUUUACAUCCAAGCUUGCUAGCUUGCAGUCUUCUACUCCACCAACUGUGGAUCAGCAUGAAAUCAGCCGCAGGAUAUAAUUUUUGUAUCGCUCGUGUUCAUCCUCAAAUGUUAAAGGAAGAAAGCAAUUAAUUGUGAGAUGGAAUAUGAUAGACACACAAGUUAAUGGUAAAUGGUAAGUAUAAUUAAAGAGCCUUUUUAGAAUAAAUUUUGUGAUUUCAUUUUAAAAUUCGAUUAUAAAUUCAACAUAUAAAGACAGGAUAUGAAAAGGGAAUUAUUAAUUGGCAAAUUUAAUAUUAUUUUUUUUAAUGCAAUAACUGAUUUUUAUCAGGGGCACUGACAUAUUAUCGCCUUUUAAAGUUGAUAGCAAACAGUUGCCUAUUUACACGUCCAGCAGACACAGAGCAACAUUAUUAAGUCUAAUUUACUCUCAAAACAAUUAACUGAAAGAUAUAAAAAUAUCAGUUGUAGCUGCUUUAAGUUUUAUAAUGUAUAGAUCUAAAUGCUAAUUUAUAAUAGUUUUUUUAUUUAUCAAUUUAUUAAAUAAUAAUAAUUAAACAGGUCAAACUAAAACUCUAUAAUUACUCCGACGGCACACUUCAGGCUCCAUAUGGGUCAACCUGUUAUAAACACGUUGAGAACCGUCCCUGUCAAGGCGUUCUCCCUGACGUGCUGAGUUUUGUCCUCAUGCCCUGAGGUAACAUAACAUCCUAUCAUAUCAUAUAACAAAGAACUGAAAACAGUCACACUCCCAGAAAAAAAGGUGCUAUUUUUGUCCAAAAAAAGAAACAGAAAGAAAAGCUGCAGCCCCAGUGGCAAAACAAGCACACCUUUUUUGUCUGACAGUGCAGUUUCAGUUUCAGCCACCUCCCCGCCGCGGUUUAUAGGAACACUGUCUGAUGAUGCUGAUAUUUUUGGGUCUAUAUUAGUGAACCAGAGGCAAGUGCAAACAGAUGUGUAUAUGUGUUUAUUUUGAUGAGAGUAUUUAUACAGAUAUAUUUCUGAAUACUUUUUACUAGGUCUGAAGAGUUGGGAUUGUUUCCACUACACAUGAAUCUCAUCUGAGGAUUAAAAAAAGCAUUCAAACACGGGACCAGAAUUUCCCUGCUGUCGCAUUAAAACCUUUUCAGGAAUCAGAGGUUCAGUUUAAGAGAAAACUUGAAAAUCAAUAAAACUGGAGUAACAAGGUUUGCAUACGACGGCAGCAGUUUAUUUGCCUUGUGGUGGGUUUUGUUGUGACCUAUCCAGAUUUGUAACAUCCACUACACAUGGCCUCAAAGUCACUGUGCUGCUCCACCAUCCUCUUUCUUUUGAAGUACGAUAUUAUUCACAGGACUUUUGUAAAUACUGUUCGCACAUGUUCUGUAUAUACUGACGGGGAGAAAUUUAAAUAUAUAUAUAUAUAUAGAUAUAAACAAAUACUGUAUUGAAAUAUAAAUGAAGAAAAACAUUAUAACAUUAUACUGUACAUAUAAUAUUAUAAUGUUGCUGGUUCUAGCACAAUAUUGCCACAUUCACACAAAAUAACAUCAAGUAGACUUCGCACAGUAAAAACUUUAUAUGGUACAGCAGCUCUCAAGGUACUGACAUAGGCUCAAGGUUAAAUCUAGUUUGUAGAUUUAAAAUAAAUAAAAACUGCUGAUAGUGCUUGUGUUGCAGACUAAGAAUUAACCUCUUGAACCCUGAUAUUAGCUUUACAGUUAGAAAAAAUGUCCACAAUGUUUAAAAAUAUUGCAUUUUUAUUCUGCAUAUGCUUGUUUCAACACGCCAUUGCAGCUACAUGAUGCUACAUUGCAUUUAAUGGAAAAUUCAAGAUGUCUUGUGCAUCUUUUAUACAUUUUCCCACAGUUCAACCUGGCGUAUUUGAUAUUUCUGAAAAUGUUUGGAUGAAAUUUGAAAAUAAUUUUCUGUUUGCACAGUGUUUGUCCAAACAACCUGCAGCUGAAAUGAUGGAUUAAUCGUAGGAUCCAGCAGGCUUUAAGAGGUUAAAAGAGACUCUGCAAGGAAACUGCUGCAUCACUGUCUUUUAGUUUGACUAAUAAGACAGCAGAUAACGAAUCUCCUCAGUUCCACAACAUGACUGAAAACAAAAAUCUACAUGGUUAUGUCCCCCAUAUUAGAUAAAGAAAUAGAUAUUAAAAAUCGUAAUUUUAAAAUUAGAACUUGCAAAAAAUGUUUUCAGAAGCAGAAAAACUACAAAAGCAAAAAUUUACGAUUUUUACAAUUUAGGGCUGCAACUAACGAUUAUUUUCAUUAUCAAUUAACCUGCUGAUUAUUUUCUUAAUCGUUCUGUCUAUAAAAUGUUUUAAAAAUAGGCAUCGCAAUUUCAUAAAGCCCAAAGUGAUGUCAUCAAAGUGCUUGUUUUGUCCGACUAACAGCCCAAAAUCUAUAGUUAUUGUGUUUAAUCUUUAAGACCAAGAAAAGCAGUAAAUCCUCACAAUAUAGAAGCUGAAACAAGGAAAUGUUUGGCAUUUUUGCUUUAAAAAUUACAUCAACGAUGAAUCAAUGAUCAAAAUAGUUGCUGAUUGAUUUUCUUUCAAUCUAAUAAUCUACUAAUUUACUAUAAGUUUCAGAUCUGCAACAAUUCAUAACAAUUACUGGGUUCAGACAGAGCCCCCAGUUUAAAUCAAUACAGCAUGAAAUGCUAUCAUCAGUAUUUAUAACUUUAAUAAUUAAAGAAAAACUUAAUGCUGACCACAAAGCAGUUAAAAAAAAAAAAGGUUAUUGUUGCGAUUUGGCUGUGCUGAGGUGAAUGGUCUGUCCUGUCUUUGUCUAGAUUUCCGUGUUAAAAUGUGCUGCUCUUCGUUUUGUACUAAAGGGUUUCAGAUUAAGGCUUGUACAUACAGCAUUCAUCAAACACAACUUUAUUAACAAUAACCCUGUCGAGCAGAGACAGCGGGCGAGAGAUUACAGAGACAGUUUCUAGUAUUACAGCUUUUGCAAGCAUGCCCUUUGAGCACUAAAAUACGAAGGCCUUUUUUUUUACAUGAAUAGGUGGAAUGUACUGGUGAUAGACGAUGUGCACCUCAUAGGUCGUGAUAAAGGCAGAUUGUGUGUGUUGUGGACAUAGAUUCAAGUAAAAGACAGUGGUGGGGUAUUUAUGUUAUGAUCAAGUUGGGGGGAGGGGGGUGUUUGAUUUGACAUUGUCCUGUGUGAAACUCAGCAGCAUGCUUUUUACCCAUGCCUAUGAAAUAUGUCUCAUCUUUGGUCCUAUAUAAAUGUGCUUGUAUUUAUUUUUUAUAAGUGAAUAGAUCGAUCUUUAUAGAAGAAUAGUUCAGUGCUGCCCUUGACCUUUUUUAGUCAAACUCUCCAUCGAUUCUGCCAACAGUUUGUUUGAAACAGUCAUGAUUUACAGUUUGUUUUCACUGUCUGUGUUCCAUUCACACAGUUCGUUCCACCCUUUUUAACUAUAGCAAAUAAGGAAAGCACAUCCGGCCAGUGUCCGGGAAUCAAAAAUCUUCAGCUAACAUGAUGGGAGAGAAGACUGUUUGCGCCCAGAAUACUGCGCUUUUAGAUCUCUUGAAAGGCUCCUAUGACUUUACACUGAAAUUAUACAGCAAGCAAGAAAAAAUGUGCUGCAUACAGGUCUGUUUUUACCCGUACAGUUUGUAGAUUACACUGUGGUGCAUGCAGCCAUUGCAAGUAUCAUCUUAAUCUUAAUCAAUAUCAUCUUUGUUUUUGUUUUUUUGUUUUGUUUUGUUGCUAAAGUUUAAGUUCCAAGGAAUGGGGGCCAAAAUAAAAAGGGAACACAUAAGUGAUCAAGGAAUCUUUUUAGACUUAAAAGAUCUUCUUUUAGUCAAACUGUGGUGACGACGAGGACUCUUUAAAGUUUGGAUUAAAGAGGAAAUGCCUUUUCAUGGAAAUGCUAUCUCCCGGUCACCAAGUGAAACACAGUGUACAGUAAGAUAAAAAUAAAAUGAACUUCAUCCGAAUGUUGAAACUAUUAAAAAUGUUUUUAUAUUA